AUGGGUGAGGAAGAAAACCACACCACUCAGAGACAAAGGCAUCUUUCUCCUACUGGUGAUAGUUUACUUCACCGGCAACCAUUCUUGCCGGAUGAACUUGUCUUUGAAAUCCUCUCGAGGCUUCCGGUGAAAACCCUCCUCCAAUACAACCAUUAUUCCAAAACCUACCAGAGCCUCCUAAAGAAAUUGAGUUCAGCAUGGAACACAAGUAUCGUAUUCUUGAACCCUUCUAUCGAAUGGAAAUCCAAAAAAUCUCCAACCCUUGAUUGUUAUGAUGAUCAUAAAUGGAUCACAUAUGAUGGCUUUGGCUAUGAUCAUGUGCAUGACAAAUACAAGUUGCUAGCAGUUGUGGCUAAUGAAUUUGGUGGAAAAUUGACACAAAUUCAUACUUUUGGUGAAAAUUCUUGGACAACUAUUCCGAAUUUCCCUUUUCCUGUCGGUAGCGUUUCAUGCUCAGGGAGUUUUGUGAGUGGCACUCUGAAUUGGGUAGAUUACCUGAGUGGCCCUCUGAAUUGGGUAGAUAUCCUGAGUGGCCCUCUGAAUUGGGUAGAUAACCGUUGCAGUUCUAACCGAGACGUGAUUCUUUCUUUUGAUCUUUCAAAUGAGACUUAUAAGGAAGUGUUGCUGCCUGAACCUGAUGGUGUCAAUGUCCGCAGCAACCGUGUGCUGGGUGUUUUGAGUAACUGUCUUUGUGUAUGUUUUGACUCCAAUAAUACUCAUUGGGAUUUUUGGUUAAUGAAAAAAUAUGGAGUUGCUGAGUCAUGGACUAGAUUGAUGAUGAUCCCUCUUGACAAGAUAUUGCAAUGCUUACAAUUCCGACCUUCUUUUAUUCAACCCUUGUUCAUGUCUGAAAAUAGUUCUGUCCUGCUGAGAACAUAUACCAAAUUUUUCCUAUAUAACUUAAAUAAUGGUAGAUUGGAUUGCCUUCCAGGUAGUUAUGUGUUUGAUCCUCAUAUUUAUCACGAGAGUCUCGUAUCACCAAAAUUUUGAAUACACAUUUGAGGAGUGGAGUCUUCAAGGUUUUGCUUACAUUGCUUUUUUGUUCUCUUUGUGAAUUUUGUUUCAACUCUCUUUCCAGGUAGUUAUGUGUUUGAUCCUCAUAUUUAUCACGAGAGUCUCGUAUCACCAAAAUUUUGAAUACACAUUUGAGGAGUGGAGUCUUCAAGGUUUUGCUUACAUUGCUUUUUUGUUCUCUUUGUGAAUUUUGUUUCAACUCUCUUUCUAGAUAGUGGUUUUGUUAUAACUGGUUUGGCAUUUUGUUUAUAUUUUACUGUUAUUGGUUUUGAUUUUUCUAUUGCUCUCAAACAUAUGGCCUCUCAUUUAGUUUUGUAUGCAUACUGUUGUUAUUAUACCUCUUGUUAGUA